GAACAUGAACAGCCUACUCGUUAAAAGUCCAAAAAAGUUUGUCGCGAAAUCGCCUGGUGUUGGGGCAUGCUCACAUUUAAAUCCUUUGUUACUGUCCCUGCUAUCGAAUUGGUUUGUGUAAAAGUUCAAACGAACUAUACAUACAUUGGAAGUUAAAUUAUAAGAGUCUAGAGCGCUCUGCUUCCUUAGAAAGUCCAGAGGAAUGACAAUAGAGGUCCCCCAGCUUGCUGGAAGUCCCCAUUUCCGUUCUCCAUAUAUGAAUUCCCGCAACCACGUAAAAUCAGUUUAGAAGCCUUGAAUAAACUGUUAACCUUAUUUAAGCUAAUUUUGUAAAUUAAUCCUAGUCUUAUCAAAAAUCCAUUCCCAGAUGCAUGCCAUUAUUCGAGAUGAUGGCGCCGUUCUUGUCCAUUGUGUUGCGGGUGUUAGCCGUUCAGCAAGUAUUUGUCUUGCAUAUUUGCUCAAAUAUCGAACUCGGUCAUUACGUGCUGCUUAUCAUUUAAUGUGUGAGAAACGACCUCUAGUUCGACCAAAUAUUGGAUUUUGGAGGCAAUUAAUUCGUUACGAACAGUUGAUCAAAGGUAAUAUCGGUUCAGUGCGAAUUGUGAGAGAUGAGGCACAGCCUGAUAAACUACUUCCUGAUGUAAGUUUAAAAAAGAUUUUGUUUUGA